CGGGGCAAUCGAUUGCACCCACAUUUACAUAGAGAAGCCGAGGAACAGGAGGGGAGACUGUUAUUACGAUCGGACAGGCCAGUUUUCGGUGGUCGCGCAAGUGGUUUGCGACCAUGAAUGCCAUAUCACUAGUGCAUACGUUGGCAGUGACAGUCGCGUGCUACGAGUCUCCCCUGUUUAUCGACAAGCACAAGGGGCGACGGGUGUGUUCGCGAUUGGGAGUGAAGUCCUGGAGGGUGGGCAGGUACUUCCUGGGUGACGCCGGUUACCCGCAGCUGCCAUGGUUGAUGACACCGGUUGGAGGGAACAACAGGACGCCAGCGGAGCAAGUUUAUGACGACUGUCACACGUCAGCGAGGUCUUGCAUCGAGCGCACGUUCGGCCGGUUGAAGAAGGUGUGGAGAAACUUCAUGCGCCAGCAUAUCGCGAACAUGAAAACUCUUUGUAAAGAGUUCAUGGCCAUUUGCAUACUCCACAACAUCAUGGUGGAGUCGAAGGUGGAGAUCGAUCUGGAGCUUUCGUCUGAUGAUAGCUCCAGUGACGAGUGUGAUGAUCAGACGAUGGCACGCCGCAGACGACGUGGCACACGAAGACGGCCCAGCGGUCCUCCUCCACCUCCAGAGGAAGACGCUGCGUGCGCCAUGGCCUUGGGGAAGGAGUUGAGGGAGAGCCUGAUUGGCCAUGACCAAGACAGUAUUCAGAUGGGAUGGCACCCGGAGCUGGUCACGACUAUUAGACCAUUCUCCGCACUCAAGCCCCCCAACGUUCACUGUCAGAUAGGCAUGUUGGCUAUCCCUGUUGAUGUCCUCCUACGUGUACACCAAGCUUCGAACGGGCAAGCUCCCUUCCUCAUAGAGAACCUGUCCUUCAGCGACUGGGCCACAAUGGUUGCUGUCAUGCAAACCAGACCCCAUGAGCUCGAAGAUAAGAUCAAGGAGCUUGCCGCCAACAUCGCAGAAGUCUGUAGAAAGUCUGCAAUCGAGAACAAAGAAUUGAACCUCAUCGUUGCUAAAGCUGAGAAGAUCCUCCUCGAGCUCCACGAGUAUGAUACCUCGCAUCUGGACUGCGCUGGUCAGAUAUCCACGAAUGACACCUCAGAAACCUUCACAGACACCUACAUUAGCAGCAUUGCACUUACGCCUGCAGAACUAGAUUAUCUCAAGAAAAAGGAGGCCUUGAGAAGGGACAACGCCUACAUGGAGAUCUCCAGUUCAUCCAACGAAACCAGCCACAAGCUCGGCAAGAACAACUCCUUCUUGCCACUCGCAUCAAGCACGUGGACAGAAAAAGUUGUGCAGAAGGUCCACAACAGGCUUUGGAAGCUGAACUCCUUUAACUACACAACACCAAUCAGUGUGGACGCCUACAUGGCGCUCGCCGGCCUGAGUAAUACGGACAUAGACAACUGUCGAACAGCUGCCAGGAACGCUACUAUCCACUUUCCGGCUGGACGUGCUGGCUAUGACGCAGACUUCCUGUUGAUCGCCAAAUUGGAGAAAGGCAAGUGUCCUAAAAAGCCGGUGUUGCACCAGAAAGGCAUCCCUAGGUUUCCUGCAGAUCUGCUUGAACUGAAGAAGCUGUGGAAUGCCGGAAGACCCUUCCUCAAGUGCGCAUGCAACGGUUGCGAACUGAACUUCACAUGGCUUGACCACAUGAUUUGGUACAUCAUCGGUAACCUUGACAAGCUGGAUCCGAAUGCACCAUCAGACAAGAUCCGCAUGCUCGAAUUCCAAGCCCUGCUGCGCACAACUUGGAAGAGAACGAUUCUGGCCCAGAUUACGUUCCUGUCCAGAUUACGUGCACCUCAUCACGCAGAAGAAGAACAUCUCCGCUGAUGAAAUCCUCGCCUUUGAAGAUUUCCAGAACGUGCCUUUCGUACGGAAAUUCACCGCG